UUUAACAAAGAGCCGUUUCCGUUUCCAGUCGACAUAUUUGACAUCCAUGCAUGUAGUGUAGUUAGUUGUUAUAAAAUGUUUAUCCGUUAACGUUUCGCAAUAACAUGGGUAUAUGAGUAAAUAACAUUAAAUGCCUUAAUCCUGUUGUGGUCUCUAUAUAGUCCACUUAUUUAGUGCUGUACUGGGCAUCAUUAAUUCUAGCUAGCUAGCUAGCUUGCUAGCUAAUAACCUUCCUAAGUAGCAUUCAAGUCAACUCCAGACAGUGUGUAAUCAUGGCAGGGCUGUAUCGAGCUCUUUUAACGUCGGCCUCCGGUGUGAGAAAUAAUCUGACACAAGCCAUGACAUGUCGUACUAAAUUCACUAAGAGCCGCAUCUCUCCACAGGUAUUUGAGGAACGGGCAAAAGAACAUGACAAGUAUGGUGGUGAUCCAGAACACCCACAUAAACUGCAUAUAGUGACAAGGGUUAAAAGCACAAUGAGACGACCCUAUUGGGAAAAGAAGGUUGUGAAGAGUUUAGGGCUUAUGAAGGCACAUGAACCCCGUAUCCACAAGAACAUCCCAUCAGUGAACAAUCUACUGAAAAUCGUUAAGCAUCUAGUUAGGAUUGAACCUCUUAAGCUUCCCUAUGGAUUGCCUGCUGAGGAGGACAUGGCUAACACGUAUCUGAAUAGCAAAGGGGAGCUGGUGGUGAAACGUCUCCUGAAACCCCUUGAGCAGAAAGCCAUUGAGUCAUAGUGUUUUUGUGGCCUACUAUUUGUGCUGUGUAUUUGUUGUUUAAUAAACAUUUGAAUAUCA